AUGUGGUUUAGAAAGUCCGAGACUACGGACGAUAAAUUACCCGAAGAGCUACAAAAGUAUGUUGAUUCGAAGGAGUCAACGAUAAGCGACCGCCAGCUCAAAAAGCUGCUGGCCAAACAGACUGACGGUCGAGAAAUCGGCGACGACUCGAAACACCGAACAGACCCGAAUUCCUAUCGCCUCCAGCAACAAUCGAGCAAGGAAGCGUACCGGCUGGAGAUGUACAAGCGCGAGUAUCCCGUUUCGGAGGCGAUUUCGAUCAAUUGUGCCGAGCUGUUCAACAAAUUCCUCCAGUGCGACAGAGCACGCAACGUGUGGAGUUCUGAGUGUGUUCCCCUGUGGAAGAUGGUGCGGGAGUGCCAGCGGAUACAGAAGGAGGCGUUUGUGACGUUUGACUACGAAUACAUGAACAAAAUUGAGGAGAUGGACGCCAUUCGACAGACGUGCGACCGGCUGUUCACCAAGCAUUUCAAAACGCCUGAGGACACAGACAGCCACGAGAAAAUCCUGCAGUACUCGCUGGACCUCAAGCACGAGCGCGAGCGGUUCUACGAGCGGUUUGGCAAAUAG